AGUAUUUAGUAGUCUUUUAGCAAAGAUAUAAAUAUUGUGAAACGAAAAUAUUUAAAUAAGUGCCUGCAAAAUAUUAUUUACCAGUGUGAAUCUGGAAUUAAGUACCGUUUUUCGCGAACUUAAAGGCGAUUAAAAAUUACCACCAGCACAUACGAAUUUGUGCUUUGAAAACUAUGAAAUAUCGUUAUUGUAAACAAAAAUAAGGAAUCGUUAUCAGUCAAGAUGUCUUCGCUUCAAUUUCGUGCUAGCAAAAAUAUUUUUUGCUCAUUAAGAUUAAGGACACCAAAAACUCGCACACUGGGAUAUGCAACAUCAUUAGCCAGAAAAGAGAGUGAGGAGAAAUCAACUGUUAAUGCCGGAGAUAUCAAACUGCAUGCCAAGUUAAGGGACCAAUGGUGGGACCCCAAUGGACCCAUGAAACCAUUACAUGCUUUCAAUAUGAUUAGAGUGCCAUUUGUAAGAGACGGCUUAGUACACUCUCCACCAGAUCAGAGAACCAGUACACCUCUCUUGGGAAAGAAGAUCUUAGACAUUGGGUGUGGAGGAGGAAUUCUUUCAAUGCCAUUAGCUAAACUAGGCGCCGAGGUGACUGGCGUCGACGCCAGUAAGGAGCUGAUAGAAAUGGCCCAAGAGCACAGCCAGACGCACCCCCCUGCACCUGGAAAACUGCCCACAUAUAUAUGCACGUCGAUUGAGGAACACGCAAAAGAUAAUGCCAACGUCUACGACGGAGUAGUGGCUUCGGAAAUUAUAGAACACAUCGAAAAUGACAAAAAGGAAUUGUUCGUCAAAUCCUGCAUACACACGCUGAAGCCGGGCGGAAGGAUUUUCUUCACGACUCCUACAAGAACUAGGUUGACACAGUUCACAGCGAUAUGCUUAGCGGAGAAUGUGCUGAAGGCUAUACCGAAGGGAACACACCAGUAUGAGAAGUUCACUACGCCGAACGAAAUGACGUUGUUAUUAGAGAGAAACGGUUGCCACGUGGAAGCGGUCCUCGGCAGCUUCUACAACAUACUCCAAAACAAGUGGCAUUGGAUCAGUUCCACCACCUUAUUCUUUGCUCUGCAAGCCAUUAAACUAGAUGAAUCCUUACCGAGAUAACCAACGCAACAUGAAUGUUCUCAUACUUUCUAGUCGUAUAAUAUAUGAAACGAAUGAAAU